GCAUGGAGGUGGCCGGUGGCAGCGACCCCAGUGGUGACGGGGUGGGGGACACUGGCCACCCCGACCCCCGGCCCCCCGGCGCCGCCGCCGCCACCGCCGCAGCCGCAACAGCAGCAGCAACAGCAGCAGCGCCCAGCUCCGGCCCGUGCGCGGCCGCCCGGGAGUCGGAGCGCCAGCUGCGCCUUCGCCUCUGCGUCCUCAACGAGAUCCUGGGCACCGAGCGGGACUACGUGGGCACCUUGCGCUUUUUGCAAUCGGCGUUUCUGCAUCGCAUCCGCCAGAAUGGGACUGACUCAGUGGAGAAGAUCCUUACAGAAGAGAAUGUCAAGACCCUGUUCUCGAACAUUGAAGACAUCCUAGAUGUCCACAAGGAUUUCCUCGAGGCCCUGGAAUACUGUUUGCACCCUGAGCCACAGUCACAGCAUGAGCUGGGGAAUGUCUUCCUGAAGUUUAAGGACAAGUUCUGCGUGUAUGAGGAAUACUGCAGCAACCAUGAGAAGGCACUGCGGUUGCUGGUGGAGCUGAACAAGAUCCCCGCUGUGCGGGCAUUCCUCCUGAGCUGCAUGCUGCUGGGAGGACGGAAGACCACGGACAUCCCUUUGGAGGGCUACCUGCUGUCUCCCAUCCAGAGGAUCUGCAAGUACCCACUGCUCCUCAAGGAGCUAGCCAAGAGGACCCCUGGCAAACACCCAGACCACUCUGCUGUCCAAAGUGCCCUACAGGCCAUGAAGACCGUCUGCUCCAACAUCAAUGAGACCAAGCGGCAGAUGGAGAAACUGGAGGUGCUGGAGCAGCUGCAGUCGCACAUCGAGGGCUGGGAGGGUUCCAACCUCACAGACAUCUGCACCCAGCUGCUCCUUCAGGGAACUUUGUUAAAAAUCUCCGCGGGUAACAUCCAGGAGCGGGCCUUCUUCCUCUUCGACAACCUCCUUGUCUACUGCAAGCGGAAAUCCAGAGUCACUGGGGGCAAGAAAUCCAGCAAGAGGACCAAGUCUAUCAAUGGCUCCCUCUACAUCUUCAGGGGCCGAAUCAACACCGAAGUCAUGGAGGUGGAGAAUGUGGAGGAUGGGACAGCGGAUUAUCACAGCAAUGGCUACACUGUCACCAAUGGUUGGAAGAUCCACAAUACGGCCAAGAACAAGUGGUUUGUGUGCAUGGCCAAGACGGCGACAGAGAAGCAGAAGUGGCUGGAUGCCAUCAUCCGGGAGCGGGAACAGCGUGAGAGCCUGAAGCUGGGCAUGGAGCGGGAUGCCUACGUCAUGAUUGCUGAGAAAGGUGAGAAGCUCUACCAUAUGAUGACGAGCAAGAAAUCAAAUCUCAUCAAGGACCGGCGGCGCAAGCUGAGCACCGUGCCCAAAUGCUUCCUGGGCAAUGAGUUUGUUUCCUGGCUCCUGGAAAAUGGUGAAAUCAGCAAGACGGAAGAAGGGGUCAAUUUGGGCCAAGCUUUGUUGGAGAAUGGGAUUAUCCACCAUGUCUCCGACAAGCACCAGUUCAAGAACGAGCCGGUGAUGUACCGCUUCCGCUAUGAUGAUGGCACCUACAAGGCCCGCAGCGAGCUGGAGGACAUCAUGUCCAAGGGCGUGAGACUUUACUGCCGCUUGCAUACCCUCUACACUCCUGUGAUCAAAGACCGCGAUUAUCACCUGAAGACAUACAAAUCAGUGCUGCCGGGGAGCAAGCUGGUGGACUGGCUGCUGGCACAGGGUGACUGCCAGACACGGGAGGAAGCAGUGGCACUCGGCGUGGGCCUGUGUAACAACGGCUUCAUGCACCACGUGCUAGAGAAGAGCGAGUUCAAGGAUGAAUCUCAAUACUUCCGCUUCCAUGCUGACGAGGAGAUGGAAGGAACCAGCAGCAAGAACCGACAGCUGCGCAGUGACUUCAAGCUGGUGGAGAACAUUCUGGCCAAGCGCUUGCUGAUCCUGCCCCAGGAGGAGGACUAUGGCUUUGAGAUCGAGGAGAAGAACAAGGCUGUGGUGGUGAAGUCGGUCCAGAGAGGCUCGCUGGCCGAGAUGGCCGGCCUGCAGGUGGGACGGAAGAUCUACUCCAUCAACGAGGACCUGGUGUUCACACGGCCCUUUUCCGAAGUGGAGACGGUCCUCAACCAGUCCUUCUGCUCCCGCCGCCCCCUACGCCUCUUGGUGGCCACCAAGGCCAAAGAGGUCAUCAAGGUCCCCGACCGCCCUGAAGCUCUGUGCUUCCAGAUCCGCGGAGCUGCUCCCCCAUAUGUCUACGCCGUGGGCCGAGGCUCAGAGGCGGCAUCUGUGGGGCUCUGUGCCGGCCAGUGUGUGCUGAAGGUCAGCGGCAGCAGCGUGGCCAGCAGCAGUGCCACUGAGGUUCUGGAGCACUUCCAGGCAUUCCGGAGCCACCGGGAAGAGUCCCUGGGCCUGUACCAGUGGGUCUACCACAGCCAUGAGGAUGCACAGAUGGCCCGAGCCAGCCAGGAGGAGCCUCAGGGCACAGAGGUCAGGGAGGAGGACCUGCCUGAUGCAGCCUUGCCCUUGCUAUCCCUGGGUCCCCAGCUGAGCCUGCAGGAGGACAGCCCCACGGUCAGCCUGACAGUGGACAACGUGCACCUGGAGCAUGGCGUGGUCUACGAGUAUGUGAGCACAGCAGGUGUCAAGUGCCACGUGCUGGAGAAGAUUGUGGAGCCACGUGGCUGCUUCGGCCUCGCUGCCAAGAUCCUGGAGGCCUUUGCUGUGGAUGACAGCAUCUUUGUGCAGAACUGUGGGCGCCUAAUGGCCCUGAGCAACAGCAUGAGGACUAUGUCGCACUUCGAGUUCCGAAACAUCUGUGACACCAAGCUGGAGAGCAUCGGCCAGAGGAUUGCCCGCUACCAGGAGUUUGCAGCUCAGCUGAAAAGCAGGGUGAGCCCACCCUUCAAACAAGCCUCCCUGGAGCCCCACCCACUGUGUGGUCUGGAUUUCUGCCCUACUAACUGCCACAUCAACCUCAUGGAAGUUUCCUACCCCAAGACCACCCCCUCAAUCGGCCGGUCCUUCAGCAUUCGCUUCGGACGCAAACCCUCCCUCAUCGGCCUUGACCCAGAGCAAGGCCACCUAAACCCUAUGUCCUAUACCCAGCACUGUAUCACCACCAUGGCUGCUCCUUCAUGGAAGUGCCUGCCCGCUGCAGACCAGGACCCACAGUGCCAGGGUUCCCCCGACAGCAGCUCUGGGCCAGCCUGCUGGGCCCCUGGCCAGGAGGAGCGGGGCCUGCACUUCCUCCUCAGACAGGAGGACCGGGACAUCCAGGAUGCCUACCAGCAGCUUUUCAGUAAGCUGGAUGUGGCUCUAAAAGAGAUGAAGCAGUACGUGACUCAGAUCAACAGACUGCUGUCCACCAUCACGGAGCCCACCUCAGCAGGGCCCUGCGACCCGCCCUCGGUGGAGGUGGCCUCGUCCCUACCCCUGGCCAGUGAGGAGAGUGAGAUGGACAGGAGCGAGCAGGGGGGCAGCAAGAAAGUAUGUUUCAAGGUGUCUGAGGAGGAUCAGGAAGACUCGGGUCACGAUACCAUGAGCUACCGAGACUCUUACAGUGAGUGCAACAGUAAUCGGGACUCGGUGCUGUCCUACACCAGCGUGAGGAGCAACAGCUCAUACCUGGGCAGUGAUGAGAUGGGCUCUGGGGAUGAGCUGCCGUGUGACAUGCGGAUUCCGUCCGACAAGCAGGACAAGCUGCAUGGCUGCCUGGAGCAUCUGUUCAACCAGGUGGACGCCAUCCACGCGCUGCUCAAGGGCCCAGUCAUGAGCAGGGCCUUCGAAGACACCAAGCACUUCCCUAUGGAGCACAGCUUGCAAGAGUUCAAGCAAAAGGAAGAGUGUACCAUGCGUGGCCGGAGUUUGAUACAGAUCAGUAUUCAAGAGGACCCCUGGAAUCUCCCCAACUCCAUCAGGACCCUUGUGGACAAUAUCCAGAGAUAUGUGGAAGAUGGGAAGAACCAGCUGCUCCUGGCUUUGCUGAAGUGCACGGACACCGAGCUGCAGCUUCGGAGGGACAGCAUCUUCUGCCAGGCGCUGGUGGCUGCUGUAUGUGCCUUCUCGGAGCAGCUGCUGGCCGCCCUCAGCUACCGCUACAACAACAACGGCGAGUACGAAGAGACUGGCCGCGAUGCCAGCCGCAAGUGGCUGGAGCAGGUGGCAGCCACCGGCGUCCUCCUGCACUGCCAGUCCCUGCUGUCUCCGGCCACUGUGAAAGAGGAGCGGACUAUGCUGGAGGACAUCUGGGUGACCCUGUCAGAGCUGGACAAUGUCACCUUCUCCUUUAAGCAGCUGGACGAGAACUAUGUGGCCAACACCAAUAUCUUCUACCACGUCGAGGGCAGCCGGCAGGCCCUCCGCGUCGUCUUCCACCUGGACAGCUACCACUUCUCUAAGCUGCCAACACGCCUGGAGAGCGGUGCCAGCCUGAGGCUGCACACAGUGCUCUUCACCAAGGCUCUGGAGAAUGUGGACGGGCCGCCUUCCCCAGGUAGUCCAGCUGCCGCUGCAGACUUGCAGCAGGAGAUCAAUGCCCAGUCCCUGGAGAAGGUCCGGCAGUAUUACCGCAAGCUCAGGGCGUUCUACCUGGAAAGAUCGAACCUACCCACGGAUGCCGGUACCACUGCAGUGAGGAUAGACCAGCUGAUCCGCCCCAUCAAUGCUCUGGACGAGCUCUGCCGCCUCAUGAAGUCCUUCAUUCACCCCAAGCCUGGCGCUGGGAGCAGUGUGGGCGCCGGCCUGAUCCCUGUCUCCUUCGAGCUCUGCUAUCGCCUGGGCGCAUGCCAGAUAGCCAUGUGCGGCACUGGCAUGCAGAGGAGCACCCUGAGCGUCUCCCUGGAGCAGGCAGCUGUGUUGGCGCGGAGCCACGGGCUGCUGCCCAAGUGCAUCAUGCAGGCCACAGACAUCAUGCGCAAGCAGGGACCACGGGUGGAGAUUCUGGCCAAAAACCUCAGAGUCAAGGACCAGAUGCCCCAGGGGGCACCGAGGCUCUACCGUCUCUGCCAGCCCCCAGUGGAUGGAGACCUCUGACCCCCCAGCUGUGGCCCGAGCUGGGAUUUGGGGACAGGGGCCCGCUGCUUUCUUCAGAGCUGGCCCCGGCCUCUGCUUCUGUUCAUCCUGGGCCUGCCCAGUAUCGUCUUCGAAGAGUGCGGGGACCCA